CUUGAUGCAAUUUUUUUUAUAGAUUCAUUGUAGCUGGCUAGGCCUCUGGUUGCAAUUAGCAAUGGUUGAAAUCAGAUUCACAGACAAGACUCAACAGAAGUAUACAUUUGACCUGUUAAGUUGGAGAAGGUUUUGUACUAUACUGAGGAUUCUUUUUCCGUCUGUGAUCUCAAUAGUAUCAGCAUUGUUUUUACUGUUAAUAAUCAGUGCUGUUGGUGAACAAUUCUUAAUCUAUUUUGUUGGCCUGAUUCCAAGUAAAUUCUAUUAUGUGUUGGGAUACCAAGAUUUCCAUGGAUUCAUGCAAGAGACCUGGAAAGCAUUGCUACUUAUUUCCUGUGUUGCAUUAGCUAAAAGUUGCAAAGAGUAUAUCAGUUCAUUGCUAUCUGUGCAUUGGAGAGAUCAACUAACAACUUACCUUCACCAUCUCUAUCUAAAGGAUGUUUGUUAUUAUCAACUUAAUGUUUUACAAGUUGGUAAAAUAGAUAAUCCGGAUCAACGGAUCGCUGAUGAUGUGAAAAACUUAUGCACAAAGUUCAGCUCAAUGGUGGCACUAUUAAUCAUAUCACCAAUCACUAUCACCUAUUACACUGUAAAGGUAGCUAAAGUGACUGGUUAUGUCGGACCUUUGUGUAUAUAUGGGUUCUUUGUGCUUUCAAACAUCAUUAACAAGUUCAUAAUGUCCCCUGUGGUGAACUUUAAAGUGAAGCUAGAUCGAAAAGAGGGAGAAUUCAGAUACAAGCAUAUGCAAAUAAGAUCACAUUCAGAGUCAAUAGCAUUUUACCAGGCUGCUGAUGUUGAGUUGAACAGUACCGAUCGAAAGUUUGCCAGCUUGUUGGACACACUACGGCACUAUGUAAAUCGAGAAUUUUGGUUGCACGUUUCAGUCAAUGUGUGUGAUUAUAUUGGUAGAAUAGUUAGCUACAUCAUCAUUGCCAUACCAGUGUUCAGUGGUGACUAUAGUGGUAUGACUCCACAGGACAUCAGUAGUCUUGUCAGUGCUAAUUCUUUCAUAUGUAUGUAUCUAAUAUACUCAUUCACCCAGCUUAUUGAUUUGUCAAAUAAAGUCUCUGUCAUUGCAGGCAUCUCGCAUCGUAUUGGUGAAUUGAUUGAGGUUCUGCUCGAUGUAAGUCCAGUUAGCCCACAGGUACCAAAGCCCAGUUCAAAAUAUAAUGUAUCCUGUUUCAGACAUCAAAAGCUGAUCAAUGAAUAUAGUGAUGAUGAAGACACUUCUAAAUUAUCCAAUAAAGAAAACUUGGAUGAAAAUGAAUUUUUUCAGAUAGAGAAUGUUGCAAUAUAUCCACCAAAUAGAGAAGGUGUUUUAAUUGAAGGUUUUUCCCUGGUUAUAAAGUAUGGAAGAAAUAUUUUGAUAACUGGCAAAACCGGAAGCGGAAAAACAUCGCUACUGCGAAUGCUAUAUGGUCUUUGGCCAUAUGUUGGCGGCUGCGUUAAUAAAAAAAAUGAAAAAGAUUUCUUUAUUUUACCUCAAAAACCAUACCUGAUUGAUGGAUCACUAGAAGAGCAGCUCAUUUAUCCAGACAAAAAGAAAAAGAAAAAUGAAGAUCUAAUUGGUUUGGCGAAGAUGGUGGGGCUUGAGCAAGUGCUGUCACGUGUAAAUGGUUUGAAAGAGCAAGUAGAUUGGAACUGGUAUGAUGUUCUUACACCAGGGGAAAUGCAAAGAAUCUCGUUUGCAAGGCUUUUCUAUCAUAGGCCUAAACUUGUCUUUUUAGAUGAAUCAACCAGCGCUCUGUCAACCACCACUGAAGCUCAGCUAUAUAAACAAUGUGAAGCCUAUCACAUUACCACGGUGAGCGUUGGGCAUCGGGAAUCCUUGCGGCGGUUUCAUAAUUGUGAGCUUAUUUUAGACGGUAAUGGUUCCUGGAGUCUGAAGAAUAUUUUAAUAUUUAAUGGUUAAAACCAUUCGGGCUAACAAAUACGCACAAAAUAAUCUACACAAGAAGAUGAUUUUAUAUUGAAAUUGCAUUUUACAUGAUUAAGAUUGAAUUAUAUUUUAAUAUACAAAAAGUGGUUUUAUAUUAUUGAUAAAAAGAAAACUGAACUGUCAAAGAUUUGCAAAAACAUAUUCUCUAGUAUUAACAAAAAUGUAUUAAUUUUUGUUUAUAUUGAAUUACCUUUAAUAUCUAUAUAGCAAUUGUAUUUGUAUGUCUGCUCUCCCACAGGAGGUUAAUAGUUUGAUUUGAUUUGGCAUAAUGGAAGUGCCUUUUUCUCAAAACUAAAAUAUUAGAUAAUAUAUGAAUUUAUGAUUAAUAAAUUGAUGAAUAAAUGAAUUUUUCUAACUUUA